AUCAGUUUUAAACGAAAAAAAAAAAGAUAAAAAAUAUUAAAAAUAGCAGGAUCAACCGAAAAAGGCAUGUACCGAGAUGGGGGAAGUUCUGCUAUCCGGUUCUUUUGUUCCAUGAAGCUCGCAAGGUCACGCUUCCGCCCAAUAAACCUCCUCUAUCUUGGUAUCUGCUUGAUGUAUUCUCUAUGUAUGUUUAUAUUGGCGUACUAUUAUAAAGAACUUUGAUAGGUUAUCAUAUUUUUAUUUUUUGAACGCACCCUGGCAAAUUUUACAUUUUAGCUUGUCAUCGUCAACGGCUUCGGUGACGUCGUCGGUGUCCUCGUGCAAAAACUUUCCAAAUGCGACGAAGGACGAAUGAAACAAAACAACAAAGAAGAAAACAAGAAUGUUCUAUAUUUCGUCACUGACCAUUACAACGAGUUUCAUUAUGAUAGUAUGAUAUGAAUGACGCAACUUUACGAUAUAAACUCUGUUAUUAACUACAUACGAGGGAUGAUCAAUAAUUACGUAGACUUGUCCCAUAUUUUUUCAUACUACUUGCAACAUAUUAAAAUUGGUACCAUUUGAAAAAGUAAACCUUUUUCUAUUUACUGCCUUGAUUAGAAUAGCAUGACCUGGCAUAGUGCGAAACAACAUGAUAUAAUGCAACCAUAGUAACGCGCUACCGGCCCAGGUGACGUUUUGUCGUACGUAUGCUGAAUUAAAAACUUAAUAAAAUGAAUAUCAGUUGCAGAAAUUCUUAAAAAAUCCGCGAUUCUGUUUGACGACGUUUGUGCGACGUCAUCUGAAAAUAUGACGUCAAUCGGCCGUUGCAUUUUGAAAUAAACAACGUCUGCUCUCUGACAGUCAAGCAUGCUGUGAAUAUCAAUAUGUCGUCACAAGAACAACGGGGAGACAACUGCGUUGGCCGUGCACUGGUUUUCGAGUGGCAUCGACGCUUUUCUGAUGUCCGACAGUCCCUUGAAGAUGAUGCACUGCGUGUAUGCGCUGCGUUGCAACAGGGAUACAAAACAAAACGUUUGCGAGCGUUUUGUAAACGCUCGCCUGACUGAACGAACUGCAGCAGCGCGUUCAGUAAAGAUGUUUGCGGCGAACGUUUGCUGUUUGGUUUCCCGCUUAACGUGUAUGCGCUGCGUUGCAACAGGGAUACAAAACAAAACGCUGACUGAACGCACUGCAGGUCGUGGACGGAAGUCAACAAUCGGACGUCAACAAGCUGUGACGUCAAUUGAAGAGAAACUGAAAGCGGACUGCAGAAUGACUGUACGGGAGCUGUCAGAGUCUGCCAAUGUCAGCUAUGGAACCGCACACAUCAUUCUGACCACCGAAUUAAACAUGCGGAAGGUACUCGGCCGUGAUCUCAUCCGUGGGCUUAGAAAGAAGAGGGGUAACAUCCCGGUUGAUCAUUUCAUCCUACAUCAGGAUAAUGCCCCACCUCAUACUGCGGCGACCACUCAGCUUUAGAUUAGCGUCCUAGGACUGGAGGUUCUUCCACAUCCGCCGUAAUCACCUGACCUGGCCCCGUUCGACUUUGCUAUUUUCCCGGAGUUGAAGUCCCACCUCAAAGGUCGCCGAUUUGAACGUUUACGGGAGCUACAGACGGCUGCAAACGCAUUGAUAACACCAGUACCCGGCAGAGUAAUAUCGGGAUAUCAUCUUCAACAAAUGGCCAAAGAGACACGAACGCUGUUAACAAUGGUCUGGUGCCUACUUUGAGAAGAAGUGAGAUCACACCAGACGUAUCUCGAGCACCUACAGGAUAUGCGACGUCGUUGACGUCGUCGAACCAAUCACGACGCGGGCCGACGGCGCGAUAGUGUACGUCUUCAAGUCGCCAUGAUAAAUCCCUGCCAAAUGCCCCCACACCCCAGGGGCUCUAGGUAAGGCCCAUUCCCCUCUAUAUUUUAAGUGAAGACAAAACCACCGCAUUCACCCAGCACUGCAGGGCCACCUGAUAGGUAAAAACACGGCCCAUUUCCCUGGGUUAACAACCCC